AUGCUGCCUCAAUUCAAAGUCGACUUCAUGUCGAAAAAAGAGAAGAAAGAUGGGAAACCACGAUGGGCGAAAGCAGUGAUAGAGUUCCGAGAGCCGUUCUACACGGAUGUGGAGCCGGAACCAACAAGCGCCUCCGAGUUCUGCAAGGCGAUGAUGAUAGCAUUACAAUUUGGGACGGUGUGGUUCCUGCCCGUGCUAGCCAAUCUACUGGCUCUACGUCGUCGCAGGGAGCAGGAUCCCGGCAUUCUAGGUCGGAUCUCAAUACUAUUCUCAGAGGUCCAGCAGUUUAAGGAGAUUGUUGAUGAUAUCAAUCAGGACUAUUGCGUCGACUGUACCCUUGCCUUCUUGAGAUCUAUGAAUGAGACUGAAGAACUUGUUGGCCGCUUGACAGCGAUUAAACUCUAG